AUGAGCGUAGAUCAGAAUGGCGUUACUUCUCUUAACGACUUCUCAACACCCACUUUGUCCGGCACUACCGACCCAACAGCUGUAGCUCCAGGCCGGUUGCCUUCAAUAGGAAGCCUAAUGACGGAUCUCAAGAGAGACCUCUUCUACAAAAAGUCAUUGAACCAUUUGUUCUGCAGCCCAUGUAUCUGCGACAGCAACAAGUGCUCACAAGACUGUUACUUCAACUAUCCAUACUCUUGCGCUGCCAUCGACCAUCGUCGGGACCAGAUACCUAUUCUGCCAAAUGAAAAGCCCGAAAUCAUCGCCGAUUCCGUGUAUAGGCCAUACGAGGCGCUUCAUCUCGUCGACAGCGCGACCAAGUUUUUUGGUAGACCAUACAACGAAAUGAAUUCCGAGCAGCAAUUAGCUUUGAAGUACAUGUGCGAGAAUAGGGAGUAUCUCCUUGAGAAGCUCGGCUCCCCUGAUGCGAGAGUCACGUUUCCUGUUGACAGGAUGAGAACACUGUGCACGCAACUGUUAUCCGUCUUCUUUCUCGGAGCGGAAAUCAAAAUCGAAUUUUUCUGGGAUUUCGAUGUCUGUGAGGCGAUGGGUUGGCUAGGGUAUACUCAGACAAUACUUCGCGAUGAUCUGGUUUUUGAACGCAUCACGAUGCAUCCCACGCAACAAACAGAAGUCGCCUUACGGUCUCUCAAUCGAACCGAGUCACUGGCGCUGCAGCGUCUUUCUACGUUAAUUCACGAGCUGAUCCAUGCUGUGCUCAAGAGCCUAUGUUGUCGGAUGUGCAAGACUUCGAACGUCAAUCUUGCUGAUCAUGGUCGCGCGUUUCAGAGGCUGGCGAUGGCUAUUGAAGAGAGAUGUCCACAGUUGUUGGGAUUGACGCUGGACCUUGGGAGGAUAAAUAGCAUUUUUGCGGAUAUGACGAAUCAAGCAACUGGUCUCAAUCACCCGAGCAUGCAUGAUUUGGAGGUCUACGGAUUUGUGUGA